AUGUCCGGUUCCUUCGGGGGAUGCAUCUCUAAGAAUUCACCUAUCCCAAUAACAAAAAAACCUGAUUUGAAUGAUCCUGUAUUAAGAGCUAAAUUGGCUAAAGGUAUGGGUCAUAAUUAUUAUGGAGAACCUGCAUGGCCCAAUGAUCUUUUAUAUAUUUUUCCGGUAGUAAUUCUAGGUACUAUUGCAUGUAACGUAGGUUUAGCGGUUCUAGAACCAUCAAUGAUUGGUGAACCGGCAGAUCCAUUUGCAACUCCUUUGGAAAUAUUACCGGAAUGGUAUUUCUUUCCCGUAUUUCAAAUACUUCGUACGGUGCCCAAUAAAUUAUUGGGUGUUCUUUUAAUGGUUUCAGUGCCUGCGGGAUUAUUAACGGUACCUUUUUUAGAGAAUGUUAAUAAGUUCCAAAAUCCAUUUCGUCGUCCAGUAGCGACAACCAUCUUUUUGAUUGGUACCGCAGUCGCUCUUUGGUUGGGUAUUGGUGCAACAUUACCCAUUGAUAAAUCUCUAACUUUAGGUCUUUUUUAAUUUGAUUCAAUUGUGAAAUAACAUGACGUGUGUAUCUAGGGAAUAAUCGCUUCAAAGUGAAUUAUCCCUAGAUACAUCUAUUCAAUAAAAUUCUGAAUCUCUUUCGAAUAGAUGAAUUGUACUACAGAUUCAAAACCUAUUUGAAUCUUAAUUCAAAAUAGACGAAAAAGAUUCAAUAGAUUUCAAACCUCUUUUUUGGUAAAUCAAUUGCGAAAUGUUUUUCUACAAUGCCUAAUAUCUUUUUUACAU